AUGGGGAUGCGUUGGCCGGCAGCCGGCCUGAUUGAUGGUGGAGAGAAAAUGGCCAUAAAGAGCCAAGACAGAUGUGUGAGAACACACACCAAGAAGCGCUGUGAGGAACAAAAGAGACCCUGCCUCAGCUUCACUCGCUCCUAUGGGAAGAUGCCUCCUGUGCUACUGAUGGUGAUUUUGGCCAAAGCAAUGGUUGUUGGUGUAUGUGAGCCAGUUCAGUCUGAGCCAGAGAGGUGUUUUGUGGGCUCUGGGGGCCAAUCCCAUGUGUUUCUGAGCUCACACACAGUCUUCCAGCUUGUGAACGCUUCCUGCAGCUUCUCUCAGGCCUGGCAUUACUGUCAGAGCUGCUUCAGUUCCCUCACCGUUCUGGGACAGCUGGAGGAUGAAGAUGGAACAAGACAGCUACUCAAUCAGGCCAACAUGCAGGGUCCCAUUUGGGUCAGAAUCAGCAACAGUCUGGCCCCCACAUCCACACUGACCCUGUCCAAACCAAAUGUCCUUCUCUCGGCCUUGUCCUUCACCGCAGACUCCCGGGACGGCCACGCUCGCGCGCGAGCCUCUUUCCCGCCCCUGGCCUCCGCGAGCAUGUGCGCGCGCGUCCAGUUCGAUGCGCGUCACGAGAGCGUGUCCACGCUGUUCUCGUACGCGACGCGCGCACUCACCAACGAGUUCCAGCUGCGCGCGCGCGCGGACGAGACGCGGCGGCGCGUGCUGCUGGCGCCGAUCGUGCACGGCAGACACCACGCGUACCGAGCCUCGUUCCCCAACGACGCGCGAUGGCACCACGUGUGCGUCACGUGGCGCAAGCGCGACGGACUGUGGGCGGUUUACGUGGACGGAGAGAAAGGGGAGUGGGGCACGGGCACGGAGCCGUCCCGGGACAUGCACGGGCAAGGGAUCUUUAUUCUGGGACAAGACCAGGAUUCGUUCGGUGGAAACUUCACGGAGCCGUUUGUGGGCAACAUAACGGAUGUAAACGUUUGGGACGUGACGCUGGACGACGAGCAGGUCCGGAGGCUCGAGGACUGCACCAGUCCAGUGGAACCGAAGCCGCUGUUCAGCUGGCACGAGCUCAACCUGACCCUCCACGAGGUGAAGGAGGUGGCCGCGGUGAUGCAGUGCCCAGGGCUGCUGAAGCAGAAGCAGAGAGAACAAGAGGACUGUAGAGUUCUGGACGGCUGGACUCGAGCUGUAGCGCAGUAUAGCACUGCCCCGUGCUCACACACCCUCCCCUUCAUCUGCAAAACCAGCAAAGAGCGCUAUGUGAAGCAGAAGGAGCUGGAGGAAUCUCAGAGCGCCCACCCGAGCCCCUUCCUGCAGCACCUCAUGAAGCAUGGAGUGAACACUGGUGAUGUCCUAGGCAGGCCUGAUGCAGAUGAAAGCUGGACAUCUGUCACUCAUUUGCUAAACAUCUCUGAGCAGUAUCUACGGGGGUCCAGGGAGCAGCUGGAGAGCAGAGAUUUUCCCUCUCUGGUGCAGAUGCUCUCUCGAGCUGCUGAGCUGCCCACCACAGGGAACCAGAGCCUCACCACCGCACACAAGCUCAGCCACAGCUUCAUCAGCCUUGCAGACUCACUCAUCAGCCGGGAGAACGCAGAUAAAUGGCAGGCCAUCAGAGAGGUUGUGAGUGGACCAAUGGCUGUGGUGCAGACUAUUGACCGCAUGGUGACGAACCUCAGCCCCCUGCUCCUGGGGGACACGGACAGUGUGCAGAUACACUUCAACAAUAUCAGAUUGCAGGUCCAGCAGAAGACAGUGUCAGAGAGUACUGGAGGCUCUGAAUUUUGCAGUUCAGAUUGGACCAAUAACACUGACCUGGACUGCAUUUCUGUCCCACCUAAAAGCAUGCAGGAGCUCCAUAACAAUGGCUUCGGGAAAGUGACCGUGUUGAGUACGUGGUACAGCUCUUUAAAACCCCUGAUGAACAAAGAGAAGAACAUCACAGUCGUCCCCACCAUCACUGACGGCUCUUUGAAGUAUAUGGGGACAGUCCUGGGCUCGUCGGUCAUCUCCAGUGCAGUGGUGGGGGACGGACAGCUCAUCAGCCUGGGAGUGCAGUUUAAACUUCGACACCGCACUCAGAAUACUUCAGGGAUGUUUUAUAACCCAAUCUGUGCUUUCUGGGACUUCAGCCUCACGCCAGAGGAUGGAGGAGGAUGGUCCACUGAGGGCUGUGAGGUCAUUUCCUUGCAACAAGACUCUACAUCCUGUUACUGUAACCACACCACCAACUUUGCCCUGCUCUUACAGAUAUAUGAUGUUCAGUGGAGCCAGGAGAACGAGAAAGGCCUGCAGAUUCUUAGUUUCAUCGGCUGUGGAGUGUCUCUCUGUGGACUGAUCUUUACCUUCAUCCUCUUCAUCGCCGUUGGUGUCCCAAAGUCAGACCGCACCACGGUGCAUAAGAAUCUAAUAGUUGCUUUGGCUCUAGCUCAGCUGCUGCUGAUCUUCAGUUACUGGGCCUCGGCUAACCAGGAGCUGUGUUUGCUGGUGACGGCUCUCCUCCACCUCUUCUUCUUGUCCUCUUUCUGCUGGAUGCUGGUGGAGGGGCUGCUGCUCUGGAGUAAAGUAGUCUCCGUCAACAUCAGCGAGGACCGGAGGAUGAGAUUCUACUACGCUCUAGGCUGGGGCUUGCCUCUUUUCAUUGUUGCUGUAACCUUGACGGUCUCUCUGAACAAGUACAAGGCAGAGCAGCACUGCUGGCUGAACACGGAGUCUGAUAUUAUUUGGGCUUUUGUGGGGCCGGUUCUGUUCGUGCUGGCGGUCAACACUGUGGUGUUGUGUCGUGUCGUCAUGGUGACCGUGUCUAGCGCGCGUCGUCGGGCGAAAAUGCUGGCGCCCAGCUCGGCUUCCAAACCCCACACUCUGGACCUGACCUGGGCAGCAACGCGGCCUGUGUUGAUCUUGUUACCUGUCCUGGGCCUCACCUGGCUGUGUGGAAUUCUGGUGCAUCUCUCUGUGGUUUUGGCCUACCUGUUCAUUGCACUCAAUGCCUUUCAGGGCUUGUACAUAUUUCUGGUGUAUGCUGUUUACAACAGUGAGGUGCAGAACGCCAUAAAGAGGAUUCAGGAGAAGAGGAAAGCACUGUCUUUUACUAAUUGCUCUCAGCCAGUCAGCUUUCUGCCAUCACAGAAGACCGCCGGUGCAUCGUGGGCAGAUAGCUUGCCGACCCCUUCGAGCCCAGAGAGCAGUGGCUCCAGCCACAUCACGAACUCCACGUCCAGCUCACUCAUCUUUAAGAACGAAAGUUUUGGAACCGACAGCUUUGUAAACUUCUCAUUAAAACCAGCUGCAGGAAACCAGGUGGUUCAACUAAUGGCCUUCAAACCGUCAGCCUGUUGAAGAGAGGACGCUAAUGUGCUCAUGCUCUACUCUGGGAUGAUCAGACGACUCAUAAACACACCCACACACACUCACACACUCACCAGAGCAGCUGGAGAAGAGAGCAACUCCUCCACACCUUCACAUUCCCAGGGUUACAGCGAGACUGCGCUGGGAGAGAGAGAGCGUCUGCGUGAUAACGUGAGAAGCUGCCGAGCGAGCAAGUGAACUGAGCUCACUGUCCAGCAGUGAGCAGGACGCUGGGCAGCGGCCUUUUUGGCACUACACCAGUCCGUGCUUUUCCUUUUCACUCGUAAUGGUUGCAGAACUGAAACUCACACUGCUAAAUGUACAGCUACCGUUCAAAGGUUUGGAAUCACUGUUUUCAUGCCUUUAAAACCAGUUCUGGCUGUAGAUGACUGCUUUAAAUGAUUUUAAUAUGACGCCAGCACUCUACAACACCAUAAAUUUCAAAUUAGUAACAGAAAAUUCAGAAAUAUUUAUGUGUCCAGCUGUAGAUGAUUAUAAAAUGACCGAGAAAGCUGUAGAUCUUCAAUAAUGCCUUCUAUUUCAAAGGCACAUAACUUGAGAAAAAGUUACUAUAAUACAUACUAAAAUUGUUUUUUUUUAUUUUAAACUAUCUUUAAGUA